GACCGGCGAGUUUCGUCGCAGUUUUACAGCCGUCCUCGUAUCGCCGAUUCGCCGAAAAGAUCGACGGGCAGAAAAGCAAGAAAAGUUGCAAGGAAACCUCGACCGAGACGAUAAGAACUCUCGGUAAAUGCGAGAAUUGUGGGAGCAGGGAGAAAGAGACGCGGGGACCCCGGCCGUGGUCGAGCUGCUCAUGCGAUUUAAGUUUUUCACUUUUUGGCUGGACAUUAUCUAAUCGAAGGCGAAAAAGAGCUCGGAAGAGUCGCUCAGUGUCGUUUCAACUCAGGAUUCGAAAUGUUCGGUUUUAAGGUAGCGCUAUCGAUGCUCCUGUUCGUCUUUUCCAUCGAGGCUGUUCCCCCGAGCAUAAUCACCAGAGCGCAAUGGGGUGCGAGAUCGCCGCGGAAAGCUCCGGAAGCCCUGAAAGAGAGGCCACCGCCUUUCGUCGUCGUGCAUCAUUCCGCUACCGACGGUUGCACCUCGCAGGCAGUUUGCGAGGCGCGAGUUAGGAGCUUCCAGAAUUACCACAUGGACACCAAACACUGGGACGACAUCGGUUACAAUUUUUUGGUUGGCGAGGAUGGCAACGUUUACGAAGGUCGUGGCUGGGACGUCAGGGGAGCACACUCGAAAGAUUACAACGGAAAAAGUAUCGGAAUUUGUGUGAUAGGAACUUUCGAGGAACGGGAGCCUCAGCCGGCAGCGAUCAAGAGCACCAAAGACCUCAUCGCGUACGGCGUUUCUCUGGGAGAAAUAAAUUCCUCUUACGUUUUGUACGGACAUCGACAAACCUCCUCGACUCUCUGUCCGGGCACCACAUUUUACGAGUCGCUAAAAUCGUGGCCGCAUUGGAGCAGCAAUUGAGGAGCGUGUGAAGGAAUUUUCCGGAAAAUUUCACCACGAACUGCCUCGUCGAGGAUUUUUUCACAACGUCGAAAGUUUUUUUUUGUGCCAAAAACUCGAAGAACGAGAGGCCAAAGUUGGUGCAAAAUUGUUCCAAUUUUUAUUGCCUAGUCAUUGUUGAAUGUUAGU